CAUCUCCACCCCCCACAUUCUCCUCGCAGGAAGCGCAGCCGUGCCUACAAGGGUUCUUAAAGCAGAGAUGAAUAAUACUGCAGCUAGUCCAAUGUCUACUGCAACUUCAAGUAGUGGAAGGAAUACAGGGAAGUCUAUAAGCUUUGCAACAGAAUUACAGAGUAUGAUGUAUUCUUUAGGUGAUGCUAGAAGGCCUCUUCAUGAAACAGCAGUUUUGGUAGAAGAUGUGGUACACACUCAGUUAAUUAAUCUGUUACAGCAAGCUGCUGAAGUUUCUCAACUGCGGGGAGCAAGGGUAAUCACUCCUGAAGAUCUUCUGUUUUUGAUGCGCAAAGAUAAGAAAAAACUUAGAAGAUUGCUAAAAUACAUGUUUAUCCGAGACUACAAAUCAAAGAUUGUCAAAGGCAUCGAUGAAGAUGAUCUUCUCGAAGACAAAUUGAGUGGCAGCAAUAAUACGAACAAAAGACAAAAAAUUGCUCAGGACUUCCUCAACUCUAUUGACCAGACAGGAGAACUUUUAGCAAUGUUUGAAGAUGACGAAGUUGAUGAAGUUAAACAAGAAAGAAUGGAGAGAGCAGAAAGACAAACUCGAAUUAUGGAUUCAGCUCAAUAUGCAGAAUUCUGUGAAAGUCGACAACUAAGUUUCUCCAAAAAAGCUUCCAAAUUUCGAGACUGGUUGGACUGCAGCAGUAUGGAGAUAAAACCCAAUGUUGUCGCAAUGGAAAUCUUAGCAUAUUUAGCGUAUGAAACUGUGGCACAGUUAGUGGAUCUGGCUCUGCUUGUGAGGCAAGACAUGGUAACUAAGGCAGGGGACCCCUUCAGUCAUGCCAUUUCUGCAACCUUCAUUCAGUAUCACAACUCUGCUGAGAGCACUGCAGCCUGUGGUGUUGAGGCUCACAGCGAUGCCAUCCAGCCCUGCCACAUCAGAGAGGCCAUUCGACGCUACAGCCACAAGAUUGGCCCGCUUUCCCCAUUCACAAAUGCCUACCGCAGGAGUGGGAUGGCUUUUCUAGCCUGCUGAUGUGACAACUGUGAUGUGCCCGCAACAACAGGAAAGGCAGUGUUAUAUUAAGGUGAUUUCUUGUGAAAAAAUAAAAUGCAAAUUUACCUUUCUUUUAUCUGAGGGAGUGGGCUGGUUUGUUGUGACUACCAACUUGCUGACUCCUGCUCUUUUCCAGCCCCUCAACCAUCAGUCUUGUUUACUAGAUGGGCUGUUCAGCUAAUUAAUGGCAGGAUGUUUAGGAUAGUGUGUAGGUGGACAAGAAUGCAGAUCACACAAUUUUGAAAUUUUAAUUUGAGUAGAUUUACUGCCCUCAGUUCACAUAUCUUAAAAGCAGUGGUUGCCCCCGUCCAGUCUUUUGUCAGUGUUUUAUUUGAUACAUUUUAUAAUCCAGGUUUGGAAUAAGGAAACAAAAUUAAAAGGACAGUGAGUUUUCGCCUUCCCUUAUACCAUCACCUUUACUUUCCAACAUUUGUUGACUACAUGUAUUUUAUUGACAGCUAUCCACUUUAUAAACUUACAGUAAUCAAAGAUUUAACAGACCUGAUAAAUCACCUGUUCCCACCUCCUUUCCCCUUCACUCCACUUACAGUAUGUGUCAUUUUCAAUGCCUUCUUCCCAACUUCCUGCCAUCUGCCUUUCAUGUGUGUUUUUCCUCACACAGAACCUCUUCCUCCAUCUUCAUUCCCCUCCUUUUCCUGUUCCUCCAAUCCCCAGACCCACCACUCCUGCACAUGCCAUACACAUUUAGAAGCCAAGUAUUCAGAAUUAGUAGAAGGGGAGCAGAGUGAUUUCUUGCUUCCUCCCUUCAAAGCACUACCACACCUAGACUGGAAAUGUGGGCUGGGUAAUUUCUUGCUGUUAGCAGCCGAGCUACCCUUCUGGCAGCUAUACUUUCUCCAGUAAAUGAGGAACCGUAACUCUUCGGAACAAACCAA